AUGCCUAAGCCAAAUCAAAUAAUUUGCUACGAUGUUAACUUUUAUAAUAAUGCAGAAACGGAAGUCACUAUCGACCACUUACAAUCGAUUAUUGAAUCAGUAAAACUUUUUGAUACUAGUGCUGAAUGUUUAAAAAAUAUUGAACAAACAAAAACUAUCAACACAUUCGUAAUUGUAUCUGAGCAACACGCCGAAGAUUUUAUUCCAGAAAUACAUACUCAAGAAAGUGUUCUAUUAAUUUAUAUUAUACGUCAGAAUUUCGAAUCUCUUCUUUCCAACCAGAGUUCAGACUGGAUUUCGAAAUAUCAAAAGGUAAAACAGUUUGUCUAUAACACACUUGAAGAUCUAUUAGAAGAUCUUAGAAAAGAUGUUCGAUUCUAUCUAUUCUCGGAAGAACCAUGCGGUUUAAAUAUUGAAAGAUUUGGUGACAGUGCUAGAGGUUCAUUCCAGUCAUGGUUCCCAGAAUUGAUCGAUAUUCUAUGUAAUUUAUCGUAUCCAGAAGAUCAGCUGCAAAAACUAAUACCCCUGUUGAAACCACAUACGACUUUAAAGAAAAUUGAAAUUUUUGAACAAGAGUAUAAAACAAAAGGUGCUAUAUAUUAUUACACAGCAGAGAAUUUUGUAUAUAGUUUAUUAAAUCAAGCACUUCGUCAAAAAAAUAUUAGUUUUCUAUUUAAAUUUGGUUUUUUUAUCAAAGAUUUAUAUGAACAGCUUAAAGCAGCGCAAAAACCGUUCAUUGAAAGUAUCUCUGGUUCACCAAUUUUAACUUUGUUUCGUGGUCAACAGAUGCCUAUAUUCGACAUUGAAAAACUAGAAUACGAUGCAUAUAUUUAUAAUACCACUAUGUUUUCUUCAUCUUUCGAUUGCCAGGUAUCUUUAAUGUUUCAAGACUCAAGAUUGAAACAAGAUUCAUUUCUUAGAAAUGUUUUAUUUCAAAUUGAAGUUGAUAUAAGAAAAAGAACUCUACCAUACGCUUACAUUCGUGAACAAAGCCAGUUUAAAGAUGAAGUGGAAAUUUUAUUUAUGAUAGGAAACCAAUUCAAAGUUCGAAAUAUCGAGUUUAACAAACAAGAAAAUUAUUUUUUUGUUGACUUGAUCUUAAUUAACGAUUUUGAACCAAGAGAUCUCAAAACGGCCAAAGAUUAUUCCAGUAGAAGAAAUCUUAAAAACUGUCUGAGUAGGAUCAAACUGCAAAUGUACUACGCAGUACCUGUUGAACGAAAGAUUAUUUAUUAUGAACUGAUGAAUUUAUAUCCCUUGGAAAAAGGAUGGAUUGAAGCAGUGAGAAUUUAUGAUCACGGUCAAUAUUUACAUUAUAGAAAAAAGGAACACCAACUAGCUUUGGAGAAAUACGAUCGGGCAUUAACGAUUUGGCUUUCUUUCGUCGAAGAUAAUGAUUUAAAUUGUUCUAUUGAUAUCGGUCAUGUCUAUACUCUAAUUGGUAUCUGUCAUGAACGGAUGGGAAUUGGAAAAAACAUAGUUAGAAAGAUUUUCGAUCAAGCUCAUAUGUAUUAUCAGAGGGCAUAUAACAACUCUCUCUGUGAACAUGAACUAUCUGAAACACUAGAUCAUCUAGCUAAUAUCUGUGCUAUUCAAAUGGAAUCAGAAUCGGAAGAUGAUCAAAUGAUGAUAAAAUAUGGUUCAAUGGCGAUUGACUUUAAACAGCAGUAUAUUCAAAAGAUAUCAAAAAAUGAGUUAUAUGGAAAUACAGAAAUUGCUGACAGCUUUACAAUUUUAGCAUAUUACUGUGAAAAAACGAAGAAUUACGAUCUAAUGCUAAAUAGCUAUAAAGUGGCACUGGAUAUAUCAGAGAGAACAUGA